AUGAAGUUGGUAACUCGAGAUGUGACGAAUCCGUCCGGUAAAAGAGGAACAUUGUGCUUCAUGUAUACGUUUCUUAAUGAACAAGAAACGAUUCCUCCGGCUCCACCUCAACCUUCAUUUCCUACGGCUCCACCAACCUCAACAGCCCAACCAUUCAUCAUAUAUGUACCUAUCUCACAUCAGUCAUUCGGGUCACCAAACCCGAUUCAUGGAACCUCGGCUUACGCACAUCCCGGGACAAGCAAUGGUUUACAUCCAGUUUAUGUUCAGCCGCCUAUUCAGUCACACGGAUACCAACAAUACAGCCACAAUAAUUCACAGUUUCAACCGACGCAACAACAAACACAAUGUGCACAAAACCACAAAGCAAUAGGUGGAGCCGAAGUCAUAACUACUUGCUUCGGAACUUUUGCUUUUAGGGAGGUUCUAAUUUCGUUCUUUUAG